AGGAGGCCAGAAGGUUUCUGGCGGGGCCGGCGCCAUUUUGCCGGAGCCUGCGACCGAGUGGGAGUGGACUGGAGCGGCCGUUGUUGCCGACUCUUUCCUCCUCCCCACGGUCCAGUCAGCGGUUGAUUAGGCCAUCGGCCCUCAAGCCGAGACUUGUCUCUCAUUUAGUUUUGGGGAGCGUCUUGCCGACAUGAGUGAUGUAGAGGAGAACAACUUCGAGGGCAGAGAGUCUCGCUCUCAGUCAAAAUCUCCAACGGGAACUCCUGCUCGUGUAAAAUCGGAGAGCAGGUCAGGAUCUCGUAGUCCAUCAAGGGUUUCCAAACACUCUGAAUCCCAUUCUCGAUCAAGAUCAAAAUCCAGGUCGAGGUCAAGGAGGCAUUCUCAUAGACGUUACACUCGAUCCAGAUCCCAUUCUCACUCUCAUAGGAGACGAUCUCGAAGUAGGUCAUAUACACCUGAAUACCGGCGUCGUAGAAGCCGAAGUCACUCUCCAAUGUCUAACCGGAGAAGACAUACAGGCAGCAGGGCAAAUCCAGAUCCCAACACUUGCCUUGGAGUGUUUGGCCUCAGUUUGUACACAACAGAGAGAGAUCUUCGUGAAGUAUUUUCCCGAUACGGACCAUUGAGUGGUGUCAAUGUGGUUUAUGAUCAGCGAACUGGACGAUCACGAGGAUUUGCUUUUGUUUAUUUUGAAAGAAUAGAUGACUCAAAGGAGGCAAUGGAAAGAGCAAAUGGAAUGGAGCUGGAUGGUCGAAGAAUUCGUGUGGAUUAUUCUAUUACCAAGAGAGCACACACACCUACACCUGGCAUCUACAUGGGCAGACCAACUCAUAGUGGCGGUGGCGGUGGCGGAGGUGGUGGUGGAGGUGGAGGAGGUGGCAGGCGUCGGGAUUCUUACUAUGAUAGAGGAUAUGAUCGUGGGUAUGACAGAUAUGAAGACUAUGAUUACCGGUACAGAAGAAGAUCACCUUCUCCUUACUAUAGUCGAUACAGAUCACGAUCAAGAUCUCGUUCCUACAGUCCACGACGCUAUUGAUAAACAGAAUGGUUGCAGAUGAGGACAUCUUUCUCUCUCUUUUUUUUUUUUCUUUUUUUUUUUUUUUUUUUUUUUGGUUUAGUUUGGUGUGUUUCGUUUUUUGUUUUUGUUUUUGUUUGUUUUUGGUUUUGGUUUGGUUUUUGUUUUGUUUAAUUCUGGAUUUCCCCAAGCUUCUAAUCCUUCUUACUCCUUUAAAAAGAACCUUUGGAAAAAGAAAAUCUUCGGUUUAUUUACCAUCUACACUUUGUCAGUUGUAUUGCUGUUUCCACCCCUUUUAGUAUACUCUUAAAGAUGUAAUUGUUGUCAUUUUGAGUAGUUAAACAUCUUAAGUAAAAAAGGAAUCCCCAGUGUUACACUUUGUAAAUGUUUUUUUUUUUUUCCUUUGCUUUGCUUUUACAGAAAAUUAACUCCUGGCUAAUCAAAUGAGGAAAGAAAUGAUCUUUUUAAAGCUUCUUUUGUGUUAGAUAUUGUAUUAGACAUUGUACUAGAGACCUGCAUUUAAAACAAACUCCUUUUUUAACUUCUUUUGGGAAAGAUAGUAACACAUAAAGUAGUUCAGUCAUGUCAAGUUUGUCUGGGGUGGCAUGGAGCAGUCAAAUAGUGUAGAAAGUUUGAAGCUAUAAAAGAAAACACUUGGUCAUUUCUUUUGAAGAACGAAAUUUUUGAACCCUAAAAAUUAUGUCUUUUUUUUUUCUUUUUUUUUUUUUUUUUAAGAGAUGAAAAGCUUGUGGACUCCUACAAAACAUGUUGUAUUUAAAAUACAUCUGUUAAAAUUUAAAGUGUGAUUUUUGUGUUGAAUUUAUUGAAGUUUAAGUAUUCCCUUAAUCAGUGAAGGACAACUCUUAUUUAUUACUUAGAGCAAUUGUAUACUUUGCUGUUAGAAAUUUUGGUAUUGGGACAAUGGUUAAGCAGGCUAUUAUUGUAUAGUAUAGAGUCCUUAGAAGAUAAGUGUGAGGAAAAGUAGUCUCCUUUCAAAUAAAAGUUAAUUUCUUUGAAAAUGA